AUGGUCCGUACACCUAUUUUGGCUGCCUACAGGGUUAAUCUACGCCUUAAUUUGUCUGACACGGUGCAACUGUGUCCUGCUGCACGCAGGUUUGGCAAGAAGAUCCAGGUCGUGACGGUGGCGUUUGGUGUCACUGUGACGGUCGCGGUCUUGAAUCUUUUGAGGCACAGGCUGGUCCCACAUCACAAUGUGUUUGGCCAGUACGCCAACAUCGUCGAGUGGGAUGCGCUUUUGGAAGCUCUGCGGAUCAUGCUGGAUGGAUCAGAGCUGCCCGGAUGGAGUUCGGGGUACUACUACUGGCAUUACACCAAUAUCGCAGCUAAAGGGCUCAGGGCAUAUGUUCACCCAGAUGAGACUCACCAGAAUCAAGGUAUGCUGUCUUCAAAACAGGCCUACACGGAUGAGGCCUUCCGCUCCUGGUGGGGUCUCAUCGGCCCGUUGACAGACAACGCCUUCCAGCUGGCCAGUCCACGUGAGAUCGCUUCAAGGAACAUUCUUGCAGCUGUAGGCGGCUGUGCCAGGCUGAAGCAUUGGCUGGUGACUAAUAUAGUGCGGCCGCUACGCAGCCCCUUGCUCUGCAAGAGCCCUCUGCUGAGCCAGGGGCGGGGUCUUCUAUUGUGCGGCACAUCUCCCUCCGGCAGGGCAAUUGUUGCCAAGGCGCUGGCCAAAGAGGCGGGAGCCACAUUCAUCUACGUGCAGGCGCGGCCUCUGAAGGGGUGCGCCACCGCAACUCGCAAGGUGCUGCGAGCUGCGUUUCACAUUGGUGCCAACAUGCAGCCCAGCGUCCUCUACAUUGAUGAGCUGGACGUUCUGCUGAAGGUUCACUACGAGUCAGCAAUUGUGUGCGCGGAGCUCCUUACGCAGUGGUCCGCAAUCCUCAGGGGCCGUAUACGGACCCAGGCCCUCAUCGUUGCGGGCGUCUCACACCCCUCCAAGAUCGACCAGCUCGCUGUUCUGAAGAGGUGCGAGUGCUUAUAUAUAGGGUCCAGGGGGUAUGAGGGCCUGCAAUCACCCAUUACACGGUGA